AGAAGCCCAGGAAGGGGCGGGGGAAGAAGACUCUUGUGAGAGAAGGGCGGAUAUGCUGGGUGUGCUUUAUGUUUUCCUCUAAAAAAUUGAUAUCUUAAAUUAUUUGGAUCAGCAUUGAGUUUGUCGUACAGGCUAUACACACGCCAAGGGCUGGCAUUCCAAGAGGAGACUGUUCACAAAAAGAGGAAGAAAAUCAGCCCAAGAUGAGGAUCCAUAUUGGCAGCGUGCUCGUCUUCCUGCUUUUGAGUUUUGCAAGGAGUGAAUACACAGCUGGCGUCUCCUUCUGGAAGAAGAGCUUUACCAUGACCUGUCCAGAUAAGGGGGAAUGGUACAAGGGAGACAUAAAGUUAGACGAAUACGGCGAGAAACUCGAACAGGAAUAUAAUGACACGACCAAAGGCCAUUACCACUGUAGAUACCUUGAGGAACAAUAUCAUUUCUACGUGAAGGGAAAAGUGUGUGAAAACUGCUAUGAGCUGGACCCCGUCACAGUGGCAGUGGUCAUCAUUGCAGACGUUUUGCUGACACUGGGAGUCAUUCUGGUGGUCUACGUUCGGGCCAGAAAGAGGAAGUCCGCCGGAGCGAAACCCAAGAAAGUGUCUUCAUCUGGACCGAGUGGGGGUCCGGCUACAUCCUCUCCUGACUAUCAGACUCUGCACGCCAACAGCCGCUCCGAUCCGUACUCUACUGUCCACCGGACGGGGUGAGGACCAGGAGACACCCCGACUCCAGGCUCUGGAUGAACGCACACACACACACACACACACACGCACACAUGCACAAAUGCACACACAGGCAACACACACACACGCACACACUCACACACACACACACACACCCACACACACACACCCACACACACACACACA